AACUGGCCAAUAGCGGAAGCACAUAGUGGAUUUUUUUUUUGCCGCUCAAAGUAAAUUCGCUCCAACUCCUUCAGCCCAGCUGCCUGCAUGUGUCGAUUACACCAAAGGUAGAAGGAAACAAUUGCUGAAUCAGCGUGGCUCCUCUCAGCAGCAGAAAAUGGGAAUCUCUGGACUGCUGCAGUUCAUUAAAGAUGCUGCGGAGCCCGUCAGCGUGAAGAAAUACAAAGGCCAGACUGUGGCUGUGGACACAUACUGUUGGUUGCAUAAAGGAGCAUUUUCAUGUGCUGAGAAACUCGCUAAAGGAGAACCAACUGACCAGUAUGUGUGGUACUGCAUGAAAUUUGUGGAAAUGCUUUUGGCCUUCGGUGUCAAACCAGUUCUGGUGUUUGAUGGACGCAAUCUGCCUUCAAAAAAAGAAGUGGAAAAGUCUCGCAGAGAGCGUAGAGAAGCCAACCUUCAGAAAGGGCGACAGCUUCUACGUGAUGGCAAACUGUCUGAGGCCAGAGACUGUUUUACCCGCUGUAUCAACAUCACCCCAACCAUGGCUCAUAACCUUAUUAAGGUUGCUAGGGCGAGAGGUGUGGACUGUGUUGUGGCGCCAUAUGAGGCUGAUGCUCAGUUAGCCUUCCUCACUCGAUCUGGCUUGGCCCAGGCUGUCAUCACAGAAGACUCUGACCUGCUGGCAUUCGGAUGCAAAAAGGUGAUCCUCAAGAUGGACAAGCAGGGAAAUGGCCUGGAGAUCGACCAAAGCAACAUGGGCCGCUGCCAGUCUCUGGGAAACAUUUUCACUGAGGAGAAGUUUCGCUACAUGUGUAUCCUCUCUGGAUGCGACUAUCUGGCCUCCUUACAUGGCAUCGGCCUGGGGAAAGCAUGCAAACUGCUGCGACUGGCCAGAGACCCUGAUAUCCUCAAGGUGAUCAGGAAGAUGGGCCAAUAUCUGAAGAUGAAUCUAGUCAUCCCUGAGGAGUACAUUGAGGGGUUUGUCAAAGCCAACAACACCUUCCUCUACCAACUGGUGUUUGAUCCUGUCAGGAGGAAGGUGGUACCUCUCAACAAGUACCCAGAGCACAUCGACCCGGCCACCCUCAGCUACGCUGGACUUAAUCUAGGAGAUGACAAAGGCUUGCAGAUGGCCUUGGGAAACCUUGACAUCAACACCAUGGAGAGGAUAGACAACUUCAGCCCAGAUAAACCAUUGCCACAGCCUUCUAAACCCUGCAGUCACCGCUGGAACCACUCAGCGGCCCCCAGUGGGCCCAGUAUCUGGAGUGGAGGCGUAAAGCAGGCAGCAGUUGCCCCGUCCAUGUCUUCUGUGUCCCCAGGCAGGCCUCCCCCCACCAGGGGGAAAGAGAGAAUCAUCAGCCUGGUUGGUCUGAAGCGGUCUGCCAGAGAGCUGCAGGGGAAGAGAGCACGAGAAGACUCCAGUGUAUCAGAUCAGGAUGUGCUCCAGCAGUACUCGUCCUCCGGUCACAAGCGCUCCAAGUCAGACCAGCAUCCAGACACGCCAACAUUAACCAGUCCGCCUUGGCCCCGCAACUGCUUCUCCACCCUGCUGCAGAGGAGGAACCAGCACGCCGAGGAGGACAGCCUCACACGCAGCAGAUUCUUCAGCAGUUCCACUUCAGCAGCCAGUCGGAUCACUAAGGAGGAUUUACCUCAGCCAGAAGAGCCCACCGCAGGGAGUCCCACUGCCCUGAUUGAAAAUGAUGUUCCAGACAUUCCAUCUGUGGACACCCCCAGCCCGCCUGCCUCCCCCAGCACCGCAUCCCCCAGCACAGCCUCCCCCAGUUCAGCCAGUCAGGGCCCCAGGCUAUUCCUGUGGUCAGGCAGCUCCUCCACGACUGAUCAAUCGAUAAUGCCCAAGUCCUCUUCAGGCCUGGCCGCCCUGCAGCAGUUUCAGUAUAAGAAGGAGAGUGUUUCCUUUUCCACAAAGACUGUGUCGCCCUCUCGUCCGACCGCUGACGGAACCUCCGUGCAAAGGGACCUUCAAGAUUCGCCUCCCUCACAGGACAGCGCCUACUUCUCUCAGCCUCACCUCACUUCCUGCCGAAAAGAGGAAAUGCUCGUCGACAGAUUUCCCUCCUCCAGCCAGGAGGAUGCUAAAACUAUGGAAAUGAAUUCGAGCAAAGAUUCUGAGUCGGUGCAGAGUCCCACACACUUGACAGAGUGCGAUCAGAAAGCUGCUGUGCUGAGAUCAAAGGUUUCAGGUCUGUCGAAACCAAAGUCCAGCAGCCAGGGUCAGUCAGCGAAGGCGCGCCCGCUGGGCCCAGCCAGGGCCAGCGGGCUGAGGAGGAGGUCUGCGGGUUCUUCCUCCAACAAUGAAAACGACCCUGGAGUCCAGCCCACCAUCAGCAGCCUCUGGAAGAAUUUCAGCUUUCAAAAAAAUUGCCAGAAGAUUGUGGCGUGUAAGAAAGGAGAGCCCAUGUCUCCUGUCAAAGACAACCUGCAGGCCAGCUCACCUCAGACAGACAAGAACAUAAUCAUUAGCUUCUGAUCACAAGCUGUGCAUGACACCCUUAAAGUAAGCCCACCAUGGAUGAUUUGUCAUCAACUUGUUUUCUUAAUGUACAGUUUUAAAUAAAGCAACUGCCGUCUAAUACAGCCUUUUACUAACUUGA